AUGGCAUCGACUGGUGGAUUGACACGGAGGAGGGGUGGUGGUGGAGGCGGAGGCUCGGCUGGGGACGAAGUUGAUCGCAGCGGUUCACCAUCUACCUCUAGACCGACGGAACCCCGAAGCGGAGGGGGGGAGGCAUCAUUCACGAGUGAGAAUGGGCAUAAGAUUGGUGAGCUUUGUUUGUUGUUUAUUUAUCUUUGUCCUUAAGAGGAGAGGCUUGGGGUUGAACUGACGAGGUCUUUGUGGGAGCCAGCUUUUGAUCCCAAAGAUAUCAGUGAGAAUCAGGAGAGGAACAAGCAGCCAAGGCUUACUCUAAUGGAGGAAAUUUUGCUUCUCGGGUUGAAGGAUAAGCAGGUACGCUUUAUCACCUCUUUGUGACGCCUUGGGUUUAGAUCUUCCCUUUCUUUCCAGGUUUCUAACUUGUGGGGUUCACGCAGGGAUACUUGUCCUUCUGGAACGACAAUAUAUCUUAUGCACUCCGUGGUUGCAUCGUUUUGGAGCUUGCCUUUAGGGGCCGUGUUAGCAUGCAGAAGGAUUCUAACAGAAGGAGAUUCCCGUUAUCGGACAGGAUAAUCGAGGUUAUUGAUGAUACUCUUACAGGAGAGGUGUUGCUCGACGAGGCUCUGAAAAUGAUGAAAGCGAGCGAAAAGAUGAGCGUGAGCUCUUGGAUUGAUCUUAUGAGUGGUGGGAUUUCCGAUUCCAUGACUGCAGGUUUCCUGGAGCAGUCGAGCUAAUGUGUUUGGGUGGUAGGCGAGACCUGGAACCUGAUGAAGAUAGGAUACCAGUUAAAGCAGGUCCGUGAGCGCCUGGCCAAGGGUCUAGUGGAUAAGGGGAUCCUGCGCACGGAGAAGCGUAACUUCCUACUUUUUGAUAUGGCUACCCAUCCAGUUGCAGAUGGCGGGGCGAAGGAUGAGAUCAGACGCCGUGUCCGAAAUGUUCUUACUUCUCGCACAGUUGUGUUACCCGGGAAUCCGUUCUUGCCAGAAGACUUGGAGUUCCGUUAUCUACGGACAGUGGCUAUGGUCUGUGCUGCAUACGCAGCAAACGUACUGGAGAACGCUUUGGCUACUCUUGGUCAUGAGGCUAGGGAGAGGGCCUUCGCUCAUGUAGAUGAGCUGUUGGCCGAGUUUUCACAAUGGCCGUUCGCCAAGAGAAACACCGCCGGUGGGGUUGGACUAAACCUGGGGACUGUUACUACGGAGGAAUUGAAUAAAAAUAAAGAUCGGGAGCUCCAGAUAGAGGUAUGAUCAUUCGGUAAUGGUUGAUUUGGUUUGAUUUUUCUGACUUUUUUCUAGGUCGUCGCUGCUGUACUGAGCGUCUUUACAAGACUCGAUUCACUACUU